AUGGUUACUGAGAAAGAAAAUCAUAACAUAAUUUGGUCCCUCGAACACAAACAGUUAAACUCUAAACACAUUAAAUCUUACUAAAACUAGCUUUAGUAAAUCAAACAAUUGAUAUCAAACAGAUUUUCUAUCAACAUCUAUCGCUUCUCCAGCUAAUAAGACUAUUCCUAAGGGUGCCGCUUCAUCAUUUAUAAAUACUAUUUCAAGUUAAAAUUUGAUCCCAAGAAGGGAGAAUAAUGCACCUUCAAGACAAAGCUUGAUUCUGAGUCAUAAUUCAGUGGCGGCAACUACUCACUCAUAGCUGAAAUCAGGGUUUUUCCCAGUAAUUAAACCAGAAAGGUCUAAAUCUCCAAUUAAAAUAGACUAGCAUUAACUAAAUACGACUUUUUAUCAAGCAAGGUGGCUUUCACCAGCAGUAAAAACACAAAUCAUGUCUUGGUCGUCGAUGAUAUAAUUCCAAUAAAGGUCUCCACUCCUAAGUUAAGACUAUCUAAAAAGAAAAGAGAAGCAUUGGAAUUGUACCAGAACAAAGAAUUGACCGAUUAGAAUCAUUUCAACAGUUUUUAUGAGAACCAGCUGAUAAAAUCUGACACCUAAUUACCGAAAUUAGGCGAAGAUAUAUCAAGGAACAGCUUGAAAUCGUCAUUAUCUAUCUUCAAAAAUAGAGAGACUUAUUAAACUAUAGAGAACCCAGAAUCCCAGUAGCCACUGCUAUCCUAGUAUUUUGAGUAAAAGGAUAAAUUGACCUAAAAGUAGUGUAAGCCUAAGAAUAGAUAUCACCCACCUGCUUAGUCUCAAACUUUUGGGCAGUAUUAACUAAUCAGAAAAUCGAGAGCAUAAGAUAUCGGUCCUUCAAAAGAGGAAUAAAGCAGAUAGUCAGCAUUGAAGGAGCUGAAGGAUUCUCGAUUGACUGAGCGCAUGAUCGAGACUCAUAAACUUAGGAAUAACAUCAUUCAGAAAAUAAGAGCACGCAGCGAGUUAAACCAGUUUAAUAAUUCAACUGAUAAGCAUUUAAAUGGAUCUGCAGAGAAAUAAAAUAAGGAAGCCUAAUGGUUUAAAUCUAUUCAAGAGCAGGUUAAAGAGGAGACUGAACAAGCUAACAGGGAGAUUUUUAAGUAGACUAUGUAUGACUAGCGGAGAGCAGAGAGGCUAAAUGACCGUGUGAUGAAGAAGUAUAAUGCGUAUUGGCAGGCGUUCAAUACUGCUAAAAACUAUGAUGCAAAAUAGUACUCUGUAGUUUAGUUGCUAUAAAUGGAAUAACAGCAGAGGCCCAAAGCCAAGAUGAUUCCAACUGCCCCUGUAGAUGUAGAGGAUAAUAAAUUUGCUUUUGUCAGGACUAGUUUGCAAAGAAGUGGAGGUGGUAGGCACAGUAGAUCAAAGAAUUCGAAUCAUUAUUUAUCAGUCCCGAAUUGA